CCGAGCUGCCUAGGGUAGGCGCGCGGCUUCCCGCGCGGAACCGGAGCGGGACCCGCACCGCGAUCGGGGCUGGGAUCGGGAGCAGGAUCCGGAUCAGGGAUCGGGACCAGGAUCGGGCCGGUGACCUUGGACACGGCAGCAGAUGGCGAACUCGGCAGCGAACUCGGGCCUCCCUAGUGCGGAGCUCUGGGCCUCCCACAACAAGAUGGUGAUGGAGCCGCUCGACAGCAACGACCCGGAGGUGCACAGCAUCAUCAAGAAGGAGAAGCAGCGGCAGAGGCUGGGGCUGGAGCUGAUCGCGUCGGAGAACUUUGCGAGCCGAGCGGUCCUGGAGGCCCUGGGAUCCUGCCUGAACAACAAAUACUCCGAGGGCUACCCAGGACAGAGGUACUACGGGGGGACCGAGUUCGUAGACGAGCUGGAAAGGCUGUGUCAGAAGCGAGCCCUGCAGGCGUACCGCCUCGACCCCCAGAAGUGGGGCGUCAACGUCCAGCCCUACUCAGGGUCCCCCGCCAACUUCGCCGUGUACACGGCCUUGGUGGAGCCUCACGGCAGGAUCAUGGGGCUGGACCUGCCCGACGGGGGGCACCUGACGCACGGGUUCAUGACGGAGAAGAAGAAGAUCUCUGCCACCUCUGUCUUCUUCGAGUCCAUGCCCUACAAGGUCAACCCCAAGACGGGUUACAUCGAUUAUGACCGCCUGGAGGAGAACGCCCGCCUGUUCCACCCCAAGCUGAUCAUAGCAGGCGUCAGCUGCUACUCGCGCAACCUGGACUACGCCCGCAUGCGGAAGAUCGCCGACGCCAACGGCGCCUACCUCAUGGCCGACAUGGCCCACAUCAGCGGGCUGGUGGCCGCCGGCGUCGUGCCCUCGCCCUUCGACCACUGCGAUGUCGUCUCCACCACCACGCACAAGACCCUGCGGGGCUGCAGGGCCGGCAUGAUCUUCUACCGCAAAGGCACCCGCAGCGUGGACCCCAAGACGGGCAAGGAAACGCUCUACAACCUGGAGAGCCUCAUCAACCAGGCGGUCUUCCCCGGGCUGCAGGGGGGCCCGCACAACCACGCCAUCGCAGGUACACAGCGCCGGGCUGGCUGCCCGGACUUGCACUGGCAGUGCCGCACAUCCCCACCAGCUCUCCCGAAGACCCUCCAACAACUUUUGGAAGCCCCCCAGAACUCAGCCCUCCCCCCCCCCCUCCCCGGGCUUUGCCUCCCCGCAGGGAUCGCCGUGGCGCUGCGGCAGGCCAUGACGCCCGAGUUCAAGGCGUACCAGCAGCAGGUGGUGGCCAACUGCAGGGCGCUCUCGGCAGCGCUGAUGGAGCUGGGCUACGACAUUGUCACGGGUAAGGAGCGCUCGGGGUCACCGGCACGGGGCCGGCUCCUGCGCACGGUCCCAGGUCCAAGCCAGGCCUCCAGGGUGUACGUGCACAGACGCGACGGGCAGGGCGCUGCUGUAGCCGUUCCUCAGGACUCUAUGAAACUAUUUCUUACCAGCUUUGCUAAGCAGCCCCUUCCCCAGGAAGGCACCCUUCUGCCCUCCGGCUCCGGGGCGGGCCCUGGUGAAUUUCCCACGCCUUUUCUUGCUUUAGUCUUGAUCGGGAGCAGCCUUUACCCCAACCUCCCGUCUUCGCAGGGGGCUCCGACAACCACCUCAUUCUCCUGGACCUGCGCAGCAGAGGCACGGACGGCGGCCGGGCCGAGCGGGUGCUGGAGCUCUGCUCCAUCGCCUGCAACAAGAACACGUGCCCCGGUAGGCACCCCGUUUCCCCCAUGCCUCCUGCUCCCAGCUGGCCCCCAGGCCACGCAGAGCUCCCCACGGCGCUCCCAGCCCCGGGGGGCCAGGCCAAGUCCCCGCACACGGCAGUCACGGUGCCCGGCCCGGUCACUCCCUCGUUCUGCUGCAGGCGACGUCAGCGCCCUGCGCCCCAGCGGUCUGCGCUUCGGGACGCCGGCUCUCACCUCCCGCGGCUUCCAGCAGGAUGAUUUCCGCAUGGUGGCUCAGUACAUCCACAGAGGGAUCGAGCUGACGCUGCGGGUGCAGAGCGACAUGAGCCCCAAGGCCACGCUGAAGGAGUUCAAGGAGAAACUGGAGGAGGAGCAAUACCAGAAGGAGCUCAAGGCACUGAAGGUGGAGGUGGAAGCCUUCGCAGCGACCUUCCCGCUCCCAGGGCUGCCUGUCCUGUAAGGGGAAGCACCCAGAGCCACGAACCCAGGACCACGGCGCGCACACACCCCCAGUCCCCGAGCCCAGCGCCCCAGAGCCUCCUCCCUGCUGCUGGCAGUGGCUCCGCGCAGCAGAUCCCAGCAGAUCCUCGUUUGGCUCUUCUUCCUCACCCCGUUUCGGAGGCAGGAACCCCUCUGAGCACAGCCCCCGCAGGGGCACACCACCCCUUCCAGCAGCAGACGUUACCGGCGGGUCUGAGCAGAAGGAAACCCCCAGCCUCAGACGGAUUUGGGUUUCAUCCAGCUCUGCCCGGCUGCGGGAGCAGCAGAGGAGGUUACAGCCCUGCCUGGCAUGGUUAUCUUUGCCAAAACCCCCUCGCCCAGGGUGGCUGGGGGGGGUGGAAGAAAUGUGAAUCCACCCCCAGGAGCCAGCACCUUAAAAAGCCUUCCUGGCUUCAGCAUCCCAGACUUGCCUUUGGACGCGUGCACCAGCUCUGCCUUCGUGCUUGCCAGCCUCCACGUGCCUUGACAAGGCCAAGCCUCGUCGCAAAUCCCCCAGGAACAGCCCUCCUGGGCCUGCCGGGCCACCUCCACUGCUAGCACCAGCCCGAGGCUCCAGGGGUUUCUCAGACCUUCGGUGGAACCAUUUUUUAAUGAGCACAGUAAAAUCAAGGAUUUAACCACAACGUACGACCAGAAUUAUAAGCUUUAAAAAAAAAACCAAUUUUUCUUUUUUUUUUUUUGUAUUUCAAAAAUAUCUGAACCCAAAUAAAUAAUUUUUUUUUUUUUUAAAAGUACAUUUCUCAGACUAGUCAUUUGGUGUUAACAUCUGUUAAACUCUUGUGCAGGAACACUUACGGCACGACACCGAGACAUGCUUCUGGGAUUUCUCCCGGUCACACUCGCUCUAACUACUGACGCAAGCAUUCGGCACACACAGGCACGCACACGUAACUCAACAUGCAGGAAUAGGAUACAGUGCUUUAAAAUAAGAUGAGAAUUCAUCGCAGCCUCCUGGCGGCCCUCGGAGGCAGCUCUGAGCCCAGCCCCAUCCCCAUCCACGCUCGCCCCGUGCCGGGGCGAGCAGCGGGGCUGGGUACCCUGUGUUUCUGCCUUCCAGUUAAACGCACCUCGGCGAGCAGCGGGCAGGUUUGUGACCCCUGCGGCUCCGGCAGCGAGUGCUAAGCUCCCUCGAGUACCAGGGUAGGGGCUGUCGCUCAGCCUGACGUUGUGCUUUCGGGGCACAGCGCGGAGCAGGCACUCUCCUUCAGCCCGUGCAGCCUGCCGAAUUGCCGAUCGAUCACGUAGGUGCCUUUCCGAAACGCUGCUACGAGCCCCGUGUCCCGCAGUGGGGCCUGCCCAGCUCUCCAAGACGCCAAACCAGCAGCGGGGCCUCCAGUGCUGAAUGAAAACCGAAAAACGUGCCUGGGAGGAGGGAGCCGUCAGCUCUCCCUCCUCCAGCGCCUCUCCCACCCCUUCCAAAAUGGUUAAUAUUGCUCGAGUAUAGGCAGUGCUUCCCUAGCCAAGGCAAGACAGCUCAGGAGCUGCUAAGAAGUGAUUGCUAGUGGACGAAGGUAAAUCCGAGCGCUACUCUCUGAGAAAGGAAACCUGUGGAGGGUUAGUGUCGCCUACUCCUAUGGCUGACCAUCCUGGUGGCGGGGCUGAAAGCGGCUCAGAGCACGGAGCAAGCAGGGGGGCUCCAGAGGCAGGGGAGGAGAGGAGCACAAACACAGCCCUGCAGCCAGCCACGGGAGGCCUUGGCGCUGAUGAAUUCUCCGGAGAAACCCGUCCCCCCAGCAGCCAGCAGCGAGGAGGGAGCCACAGGCAGCAUGCAGGAGGCUCAGGGCAGGCAGAGGAUCGUGGCCAUGCACAGCACCGCCGGGGCUGGCAGAAGGGGGGCCGGCAUCGCGCUGUGGCUGCGAGGAGCCGGCCCUGCUCGUGCUGGAAGGACGGCGGCGUGUGUUGGUACAAGGCGCGUAACACACCGGGAUGCUCUGCGGGAGCUGUGAGCACUGGGAGCUUCACUUGCGGGAAGCCUGCGGACGUUGGAAGCCAGUGAGGUACCAGGGAAGGUGAGGAAAGUGUCUUAAAGUGCCGACAGAGGGAUCUUCACCGUGCAGGCAGAUCAGAGAGAUGGAAAAAUGAGCGAGAAGGCAGGAGCUGGGCUCCGGAACCACCAGCGGCACUCCGGCCCCCCUCCACUGCCACCUCCGUCGAGAGGCGCGGGAGCAUCGGCGAGCACAACUCCCCGCCACGGGACGGCGAGCUCAGGGGUUACCCGAUCCACGCCCCGAGCCAGUUUUGGAAGGGCACGCGCUCCCAGGCUCCUCACGGCCGCAGGUGACGCAGAGCUCCCGUUUCAGAACGGGCCACGGGCCCUGUAAAGCCCCCGAGGCGUCCUCCCGAAUCCAGAGCUGCUUUGUGGCAGAGCGAUGAAGCAGGUCAGGCGGGUGGAGGUGCAAGCGUCGCCCAGCACAGCCUCGCACGUCAGUCCUAUCGGGUGGGCAGAGGGAGAAGCCAGCGGUGCCUUGUCUGCCGCUGCACGAGUGCGGCUGAAUCCUCCAGGUAAAGACCGCCGAGCGCGAAACCAGCCGUCCCUGGGCGUCCAUCCUGCCCUGAUCCUGAGCUGUCGGCCUGCAGGAAGAGAGACGUGAGCCAGCAGGAAGAGUCCGUCCCUUCCUCCUCAAGCCCAAACAGCGCCAGGAUGUCUUCCAGCACAGACCACGAGCCGCCGUGAUGAACAGAGCCACGGGUCAGGUAGGGUGCGGGGAGCUGAGGACGUCCUGGUGCCACCUGAGGCGCUCCUUCCCCCGGGGAGCCUCGCCUCCAGUUUGGAAGUCGCUCAGAUGCGCACGAAUCGACACGAGGACGCCCCGAGUCACUUCACGAAGCGUUCUCUGCGGACACGGAAGUUUUUCACCAGCAGACCCGGCUCACGCGCGACAGCAGCGUACGGGAGGGCGCAGAAUCACGAAGGGAAAGGCU